AUGAAGUCUGCCGGCACAGCCGGUCUCUGGGGGUUGGUGAACAAUGCGGGGAUCGCUGUCCCCACCGCCCCUAACGAGUGGCUGACCAAGGAUGACUUCGUCAAGGUGCUGGAAGUCAACCUGGUCGGCCUCCUGGUGCGACGGGCACGGGGCCGGGUGGUCAAUGUGGCUAGCGUGAUGGGCCGCGUCUCCUUUUUUGGCGGAGGGUACUGCAUCUCCAAGUAUGGCGUGGAGGCCUUCUCCGACAGUUUACGGCUUGAGAUGCGUAACUUCGGGGUGAAGGUCAGCAUGAUUGAACCGGGCUACUUCAAGACGCUGAUCACCAACGCUGAGAACAUGGAGAAUAAUUUUCUUUCCAUCUGGGAGAAUCUUCCGAAGGAAACCAAAGCGAGUUACGGGGAGAAUUACUUGAAGGAAUUUUUGGUAGCAGUCAAGGACAUGCAGAAGAGAUGCAACCCCAACCUGAGGCUGGUCACGGACUGCAUGGAGCACGCACUGACCAGCCGCCAUCCCCGCACCCGCUACUCGGCGGGCUGGGACGCCAAGCUGCUCUACAUCCCCCUCAGCUACCUGCCCUCGGCCCUCACGGACGUCGUAUUCUCCUGGUCCUACCCCAAACCUGCCCAGAAAGCCUGA